GCGCGCGCCAGGCCCUGGGAGCCCCCGGGGCAGAGAGCGGCCGUCCCGGGGCCUGGGCCAUGGCCGCCUGGGCCAGCGCUGCUCCCACGGGCCCCGCCCGGGGCACCAGGACCGGAGGCCAGGCUGGGCCUGGCUCUGGGCCUCGGGGGCACGGGCCCGCCCCCCGGGCGCCUCGCGGGGCGGCCCCGUCCCUUGCUGAGCCCCGGGACCCUCGCGGGCCGGCCGGGCCGGGCCCCCCGCAGGAAGGCGGCAGAGGUUGUACGGGGAGGGCAGGCCCCGCAGGUCUCCCGCCCGAGUGCCCUUGCCCCAGGAGCCCCUCCCUCGCUGCCCCGCGCAGCCCCUGAGCGGGGCCCUUUGCGGCGGAGGGGGCAGACGCGGGGUAGGCCACGGAUGACACUUGAGGGCUGUGGAGCUGGCCCCGGGCUCCCCAGGCCAGGCCGGUCCGGGGGCGGGCGUCUCCCCCGCGCAAACCCCGCAGCCCCCGCCAGGGGCUACUGCCGCUGAACUGGGCCCACAGCCGCGCGCCGCAGAGGGCUGCCCGUCCCAGGCUGGGGCUAGCCGCACCCCCGCGGGCUUCUCGGCCGACUCUUCCGGAACUCUUGGAUUGCAGGGAGGCUGCCCGAGAAGCCCCGCCCCGCCCCUUUAAACACUGCUGUCGGUAGACAAGCAGCCGGAGCGUCCCCUUUAAGCGCAACACCGCGCGCAGCUCGGAAGAGGCCCGGACCGUACCACGAGCCGCGCCGGGGGCGGGGCUGCGCAGCCACGUGAUUGCGGCCGGGACACGCCAUGGAGCCGCGGGGGCGCGCCGGCGCCCUGCCCCGGUUCCAGUGCCCCCCCGACUUCUCCGCCAGCCCCUGCAUGCCCGAGCCCCCCCUCACGAAGGAGGCGCUGCAAGGCCCUUCCAAGGAACUGUGGCUGAUCCGGGCCCCGGCAGACUUCACCCCUGACAGCCUGGACGGCUGCACCGUGGUCCUGGCUGGGGCCCAGACGCUGAGGCGGAAGCUGGAUGGGGCCCGGCGGCUCUAUGGCAUCCAUGGCACGCAGGGGGAGCUGGGCAGCACCUGCCUGCUGGCGCCCUCUGCCCACUCUGGCCAGCUCUGCUGCGCCCCCCCCUUCUGCGGCACCCUCAGCAUCUACGAGAAGUUCGGGGACCCCAGCAGCGGGGGCCCCCCCUUGGCUGUGCCCUCCCGGCCAGCCCCCCAGGUCCCUGCCGGGCUGAAGCAGCGGUUCCUGCCCUUCGGGGGCAGCCCAAAGGGACAGUGCCCUGUGAGGGCUACAGGAGCAGAUGCGGAGCCAGAGCUGGGCUCAGCCAGGAAGAGGAAGAAGAGGCGGCGGGUGACAGAGGAGCUGGCAGGCAACCUUGCACUGCUGGACACGCAGCAGGAGACGCCUGAGGAGCUGGGGCCCUGGGGAGGGGGCUGUGCCAGCCCCAAACCACCCACCCAGGAGCAGGGGCCUGUGCAGGAGCCGAGCCCCAGCCACAAGAGGAAGAGGAAGCACAAGCGGGCACACGGGGUGCCACAGGAUGAUGCACCUUGAGGCGAGGUGGCCCCUGCACCAGGCCAGCAGCAGCAGACGGAUGCCUCCAGGAGAAGAAUGCCGGUGUACCCUAGGAACCAGAGCCGCACAGGGUCCUGCCCGAGCCAGAACUGUGCCCGUCUCCAGCCCUGUCCGACGGUCCUGCCACUUUCUGGGGAGGACUUGCCAGCCCUGGCUGCUCAGAGCAGAGCCCAAUCGUAGCCACUGCAGUCCCCACCCCUGGUGCUGGGGGCCCCAGCUCUGCUCAGAUCUUCAGUGAUAAAGGCCAGUGCACAGCA